AUGAAACACUAUAUCAAAUUGUUCAAAAGUAAAUUGUGGCCCAAGGCCGAAAAGAGACAAACACAUACGAUAGUAUCUGCAAAUGGCAAGAUAAAAACAAAAAAAAAUGAAAAAAAUGAAAAAAAUGAAAGAAAUGAAAAAAGCAUAGACAGGCGAAGUGCGAUCGAACGUGGAAACAACCCCAAUACCAGUUUGCUUGCCCAAGAAAAUGAAAAUAGAAAAAAAAAUUUAAAAAAAAUACAAUUAGGAAACAAAAGUAAUUUAUGCAAUUUGAAUAACAUUAAAUUUGAGAUGAAUAAUAUAAAAUAUAAUGAAAUAAGAAGAUAUUAUAUAAAUAAUUCUAACAAUUUUGUUAAUCUGGAUGGGUUAAAAUGUAAUAUAUUAUCAGCAAUAAAUUGUGAUGAUAAUAUUUUAUUUUAUUUAUUUGUUUUUUCUUUUACAAAUAUAAAAAACAAUUUGUUAGAACUUAUACAAAUACAUAUUAAAAAUUCCAAAACGAAUGAAACAGUAUCUAAAAAUAUUCCAUUUUUUAUCAUAAAUUCUAACAAUUCUAUAAAUCUUGAUUCUAAUUUUUAUAAUUCUACUUAUUUAUAUACUUCAAAUAAUAACAAAUUUUUUAGUAAUGUUAAAAUAGCAAUCAAAAUACAAGAAGAUAUAAAAAUGACUAAUUAUGCAAAUGAAAAUACAUCUAUUCAAGAUAUUUCUAUGGAUAAUAUAUUUUAUGUUAUAGAAUAUAGAAUGUAUAAUGAUUAUGAUAAAUUAGUUCAAAAUUAA